CCUAAAAGGUGUGUUGGGCUCGGCUCGAGCGGCGCCGUCUUCUCCUCUCUCCCUCUCCCUCUCCCCAUCUCUCUGCCCACGAACACAGCACGGCCAAAUCUGCAGCGGGGGAAGAACGCAGGGAGGGUGGUCCAAUCUGGUCCCCGGUCGCGAGCGGUCCGUCGUCUCCCUAGCGAUCCGGCAGCCAUGAACAUCUUCAAGAAGAAGGUCGACCCCAAAGAGGCUCUCAGGACUAGUAAGCGAGAGAUGGCUGUCGCCACGCGGGGAGUUGAGCGAGAGAUUGGCUCCCUGCAAAUGGAGGAGAAGAAGCUGGUUGCAGAGAUAAAGAAGACCGCCAAGACUGGAAAUGAGGCGGCAACCAAAAUAUUAGCUCGGCAACUUGUCAGGCUGAGGCAACAAAUCCUCAAUUUGCAAGGCACACGAGCACAGAUCCGUGGAGUAGCUACUCACACACAGGCAAUGUAUGCGGGUACUUCAAUCUCUGCUGGAAUGAAAGGUGCAAGCAAAGCUAUGGCAGCAAUGAAUAAGCAAAUGGAACCAGCAAAACAGAUAAAGGUCACGAGAGAAUUCCAGAAGCAAUCAACUCAGCUGGACAUGACGCUUGAAAUGAUGUCCGAUGCCAUUGAUGAAACGCUUGACAAAGAUGAAGCAGAAGAGGAAACAGAAGAGCUUACAAACCAGGUCCUUGAUGAGAUUGGCGUUGAUGUGGCUUCUCAGCUAUCCUCGGCUCCUAAAGGUCGCAUCGAAGCAAGCAACAGGAAAGUAAACAACAGCCAAGCACGAAAUGCUGCGGCUCCUUCAAGAAAUGCGGCUCCACCAGAAUCCGCCGCUGAAGUUGACGAUCUGGAGAGGCGAUUGGCGUCUCUUCGCCGCAUCUGAGCUGCUGGAAAAAAAAAAUAUUGUAGUCAUGCAUGUAUAUGUAAAUUUGUUUAGUGAUAAGACAUAGUUUGUCUGCAAAUGCAAACGUGCUGGGAACUUAAUGUUGUAGGCGAACAAUUCAAACUGCACAUGAUAUGAUUGAACCUUGUCUACUCUUUCGUUCUUC